AUGUAUCGCCAUUUUUUGAAGGUCGAAACGUUUCUCAAGGCCAACAAAAUCCCAUAUGAGGCAAGCGAGAGGCUAAACUGCGAGUUCAUUAAAUUAACCGUAUGUCCACUUCUGAUGGGACGAUCACAGUACGGCAUGCUGCCGUUCAUCGAACUAAACGGUGAGCAAAUCGCCGAUUCCCAGAUCAUCUUGAAUCAUCUCAAGGAUCACUUCAAAAUAAAGCCAUUGCCAACACCAAAAGAUGAGGCCAUUGCUAGGACCAUCGAUAGGCUGGCCGACAACCAUACGUUUUUGGUGCAGUACUAUUUCAAAGCGCUCGAACAGACGAACGACUUCUUCUCAAUGGUUUUACGCGAAGCUGGAACACCUGAACUGCUUCUACCCAUUCUUGCGUUUUUCUUCAGAAGAAAGGCAACAAAGCGCAUUGGAUCAGGUCUUGGACAGUUCUCCACUGAGGAUUUCAAGGAGUUCUUGAAAAAAG